AUGCCCCCCUUCGUCCCCCGUAAACGCCAUGCCUCACCCUCGCCCUCUUCUUCAGCCCCGCCUGCGAAACGCGCCGCCACUCCGAGAACGAACGCGCUAGAACACCGGACCAAACACGCGACACCUGCGAAGCAGAGCGUUUUCGAGGCGCUUGAUGCCUCGACAAGUAGACGGACGGUCGAGGACAGUAAGGCGUUCCUAAAUGCGCUCGGAGAGAGCGAUAGCGAAAGUGGGAGUGAGGACGGAAGCGGAUCGAGCGACGAUAGUGACGAGUUCGAGGAUGUCCUACCUGCCUCUACGCGAAAGCCUGGGGAGGUGCGGGAUGAUUCCAGUGACGAGGAGGAAGAGACAUGGGAAGAUGCGCUGCCCGCGGCGCACAUCCACCAUGCCCUCCACACACCCGCCGCAGAGCCGAUGGGAGAUCUGGAGAUCACGCUGAAUCGGGAUGAUAUGGAUGUCGCGGCGAACAGGGAAGCGGUGCUGGGCAAGAGACAGGGCCCGAGUAAGCAGGAGAAGAGGAUUAGGAUCGCGACGCAUUGCAUGCAUGUGCAGUUCCUGUUGUUUCACAACUUGAUUCGGAACUCGUGGACUUGCGACAAGGAGGUUCAGUCCAUACUCGUCAAGGGCCUGAGCGAAGGGGUCAAGAAGGAGGUGGAGCGAUAUAGGAGGGCUGCCGGGCUACCGCUGGAGGGAGACGACGAGGUACAGAUUACGCGGGUGAAGAAGAAGGUCAAGGGAAAGGGGAAGAAGGCCGACUACCGGAACCAGAGGGAUUGGGGCGCUGAGGCCGAAGAGAUGGAGACUGAAGUGCCGAACAUGAGUGGUGGCGAUCCGCUUAUAAGGUUGCUGAAAUAUCUGGCUGCCUACUGGAAGAAGAGAUUCAAGACUACGGCGCCGGGGCUGAGGAAGCAGGGGUACAGGAGCGCUGCGAGGCUGCGCGAGGAGCUGGAUCAGUGGAAUAACGAAGGUGUAGAUGUGGAGGCACACGGAGAGCGCAUAGCGGACCUCAAGCAGUUCCGGGAGUGCGCGCAAAAGUGCGAGGGCAGCAGAGAUGUGGGCGCGCAACUCUUCACCGCGCUGUUAAGAGGCCUAGGUUUGAGCGCGCGGUUGUUGGCGAGCUUGCAGCCUGUAGGGUUUGGCUGGAGUAAGAGCGAAGAGGCAUUGCCGAAGAAGUCCAGCAAGACAUCACAUAGCAAACAUCAUGAUCCGAAGAAUCCGCAGACCACACAGACAAACCCAGAGCCGGGUAGGAUUCCUGCAAUCAAGUCGAGUAAGGCUCCGAUCCGCAACUCCGCCGGCAAGACGCGAUCGACAGCUACCAAUACAACUAUGAACCUCGACACUGCCAGUAGUGACGAGCUCAGCUCAGUUCCUUCCGACAUCGACGACGACGUGUCCGUGGCCGACAUCACGCCUCGCAAGUCUACUCCAUCAAAAAACUCCCCCAAGCGGUUUGAUAAGGACCUUCCCUUUCCUUUCUACUGGACCGAAGUGCUCUCCCCUACGUCCAACACGUACAUCCCCGUCGACGCUCUAGUACUCUCCACCGUAGCAUCAAACCCUGACUUACUCUACACCUUCGAACCACGUGGCGCAGCUGCCGACAAGGCAAAGCAGGUGAUAGCAUACGUGAUCGCGUACUCAGCCGAUGGCACAGCCAAAGACGUAACGGUGCGAUACCUCCGCAAGCGUAUCUUCCCAGGCAAGACCAAGGGCGUGCGCAUGCCUGCAGAGAAAAUCCCGAUCUACGACCGCAAGGGCAAAGUGGUCAGAUACGAAGAGCAGGACUGGUUCAAAAGCGUCAUAUUGGGUUACGCCCGCCCCAGCUCUAAACGGACUCUGGCCGACCAGGCGGAGGACGAGGGCGAUCUCGUACCCGCCUUAUCAGCCAAAAAAGCAACCGAAGAGUUCGUAGACACCCUAACCGGCCUCAAAGCCUCCGCCGACUACGUCCUCGAGCGCCAUCUCCGCCGCGAAGAAGCGCUCCUCCCCUCCGCCCUUCCAGUCCGCCACUUCACAACCGGCAAAGGCGACGCCGCGAAGACCGAGCCCGUCUACCGCCGCGCCGACGUCGUAGCCUGCAAGACCACCGAGUCCUGGCACAAAGAAGGCCGCCAAGUGAUCCCGGGAUCCCAGCCCAUGAAACUCGUCCCCAUGCGCGCGGUGACGCUGCAGCGCAAGCGCGAGAUCGAGGAGCAGCAGCGCGAGGCGGGGGGUGAGAAAGUCAAGCAGGGCCUCUUUGCGCAGAGCCAGACGGAGUGGAUCAUCCCGCCCCCCAUCGAGGAUGGCAGGAUUCCGCGGAAUGCGUUUGGGAACAUCGACGUCUAUGUUCCGACAAUGGUGCCGAGGGGUGCGGUGCAUGUCCCGCUCAAGAGCACGGCGAAGCUGUGUAGAAGGCUGGAUAUCGAUUAUGCGGAGGCGUGUGUGGGGUUCGAAUUUGGGAAGCAGAGGGCUGUGCCGGUGCUUUUAGGGGUGGUUGUCGCGGUGGAGCAUGAGGAUGCGCUGAUUGACGCGUGGGAGGCGGAAGAGGAGGAGAAGAGGAGGAAGGAGGAUAUCAAGAGGGAGGCGAGGGCGCUGGCUAUGUGGAGGAAGUUCAUGAUGGGCACGAGGAUUGUGCAGAGGAUGCGCGAGGACUAUGCGAUUGACGAGAAUGCGGCUGUGCCGGACAAUAUCAACCCGUUUACGAACAGAAAGUCGAGGGCCACGAAAAUAUCGAAUGGGGACCUGGAGAAACAUGCUGCACACCACGAUGGCGGUGGCUUUGUUUGGCCCGAGGAAGUAGAAUCCGGCGGCUUCAUCCGUAAUGGCGACGAGGAAACAUCAGGCGGUGGAUUCAUUGUCGAGCAAUACCAUCACCAGACAGCUGAGGAGCCUUCUGCUAUUGGCAACGGCUAUCUGAAUACGCCCAUCUCGCUUCAAGCCGCCCUCAAGGAUACUCCGCAGGAGCCUACCGAGGACAGUGGUACUGAUAACGACAUGCAGGAGUCGGAUGAUGCUACGUCUCCAGAGCCGCCACCAGCAAAACCAGCAACUCGCGGUCGUGGUCGACCGAGGGGAAGAGCCGCAAAGAACACCGCUGGCACCUCACGCACAUCUCGGCCUUCCGCGUCAACGCGCAAUGGCGCUGAGCCCAAAUAUACAUCCAGUGAGGACGAAGAGACUCUAUCCUCUGCCGCAUCUGAUAUCUCCUCAGACGAGGAUCAACCUGAAAACGGCGACUCGGCCUCAGAACGCUCUGAGAAGCCCGCAAAGCGCAACCGCAGCGGUAUAAGCAAGCCGUCUCCCCCGCCGCCUGAACCUACAACCAAUCGGGUGGUACCAAGGCGCAGAGCAGCCCGCAAGAGCGAGACGGCUGUUCGGAGCCACUACUUCUCGCACGACAGCGAGGAGGAGAGUCCGAAGAAGACGAGGGCGACGGGGAGGGGGAGGGGGCGCGGUCGGGCACGCGGACGGGUAUAG